GUCUCAUUCAAUUGGACAAUCUCACUGGGAAACCGCCAAUGCCGCCAACCGAAAAAUGCCGCGGAAAUAGCGCGCCAAAAUCAACUGUUGUAGGAAUGAGACAAUUAUUAAAGCAAUUUGUAGAUUCAAUAUGCAUUUUAAAUUUGGAUAUUAUAUCAUUUUUUCGCCCGUAUAACCAUACGGAAUUUUACGUAAAAUAAAGAUAACAUGAGCAUGUACGACGACGAGAAUACAACAGCAUCGACUAAUUUCGUGCCAAGGCAAAUAAACAGUGGAAUAUGGAUUGAAGCAAACGAGAGUCCAACAGAAGAACAACCUCCCUGUUUGCCCAAAAGAAUAUUUCAAAAGCAUUCAUCACUAAUUGAGCUUUCUGCCAUUGCUGUAACAGAAAAAGAAACUUUAGACAAACAGGAAAGCUCCCAGUGUAGUGGUACCUCAGCAUGUAGUUCAGCAAUUGACAUUGAAAACAAAAUCCAAGGACAAGACUAUGGUUGCUUGAAUCAAAAUGUGGGUGCAGAACUAGAAGUCCACUCUACCCCAAAUAAAAUUUCCUCAAUUGAGUCAACACCAUGUAACAACCCUUUGACUCCUACUGCAAAUCUUAAGAUGUUAAUGAGUGUUGUUAGUCCAGCAAUUCGUGACAGAGAUGAGAAAAAGCGAGAUUUGUUUGUUGGCAAUGAUGACAAUGUGUCCAAUGAGAUUAUCAUAGAGAAACCAAAUGCCUACAGUAGGAAGGAUAAGUCACUUGGCCUUUUGUGUCAGAGAUUCUUAGCAAUGUUUCCAGAAAAUACCAAUGGGAAUGCAAUUGAAAUAUCUUUGGAUGAAGUCUCUAAAGAUCUAAAAGUGGAAAGAAGAAGAGUUUAUGACAUAGUAAAUGUUCUUGAGAGUGUGGAAGUUUUAAGUCGUUUGGCAAAGAAUAGAUAUUUAUGGCAUGGCAAGUCUAAGAUUAUACAAACACUUGGAAAACUGAAGGCUCUUUCAAGAAACAGUAUAAUUAAAACAAAUGAAACACUGGAAAAGGAAAAUUUACCAAAAACCCCAAGUUCUGGUAAACAAAAGAUGAAGAGACAUUUCAGUUGCGGUGAUCUACCUAAACCCAACAAACAGUCGAAAGAAAGAAUUUUGACAAAAGAUGAAGAACGAUUUAUGAUAAAAGCUGCGAUUGAUUCAACGGACAGUUGUCGAAAGGACAAAUCAUUGGGCGUUUUAAGCCAGAAAUUUCUUUUAAUGUUUUUACUUUCUAAGGGCGGCGUUGUCACACUUGAAGAUGCUGCUACUGUUUUGUUAGAAGAACAUGACGAACGAAAUGUUAAAUACAAAACCAAAGUUCGCCGCUUGUAUGAUAUCGCCAACAUAUUAUCAAGUCUGGAGCUUAUUGAGAAGGUGCAUAUACGAGGAGCAGUUGGGAAAAAACCUGGAUUCAAAUGGAUUGGCGUUGAUAUAGAAAGUCUGCCUAAUAAUGCAAUGCCCGAUGGUAAUGUUGUAACCUUUAAGACCAAGCACUCGCUGCUACCAGAUCCAACCAGUAACCCCACAAACAAAAUACAACCGCACAUCCUACCAGCACCUAGUUCGUCCCACAGCGCAACCGCCAACCCGAAUAAAAGUUGGACAAAGUCUGCCUCCUGUAGCGCAUCGUUUGUCAGAAGGUCCAGUUCAAAUGGUGGAGGAAUUAAGAGAGAGAGGUCAAAUAGCAGUACCUGAAAACAAGAUGGCUUUCACGUUCAUGAGUUUGCAUCCUCCCCUGUGAAUCUAUUUGGUCGGGAUAUGAGUCUGUACAGUCCAACUGAAGUUACAUUUCGUGAAGAAAUACAAAAACUACGAGAGAAAUUCCCAGAUCGUAUGUCUCAACUGUUGGCAAUAUUGCCGCCAUACCUGCCCUCGUCUUUUCCAGGCAAUGGGAACAAGACAAGCAGAAGAAAUUUGUUCACUAAGAAUAAACUAAACUCAAGCAGCUCUGAAACAAACGCAAAACGAGUGCGUACAAAUUCUGAGGGAGAUUGCCAUACAGUGGAUGUGGAUAGUGCGAGUUGUUCGGAAGCCAAUACGGAAAAAGAUGAAGUAAACGAAGAAAAUAAAAAUCAGGCUGGAAACGAAAGCAAAUUCAUGCAUUCUACUGACUCUCCAUUCAAAGUGAUGUCCUCGUGUGCCUACAACCAGUCCGAAACUCAAACCUCAAAUGCUCUACCUGCGAAUACUAAUGCUAUAGUGACCGGUAAUGCGGGUUCAAUAAUUGAUGAAAAAUUGCAGCAAGGGAUACAAAUGAAAGAACCACAUAGGAGCAGCUGCAAGUGGCAACAAAUGGCGAGACGCUUCACAACUGGCAAUGGACGUACUAGCCCAAUGGUGCAGUUGGUCGACCAAGCUGUAUCUCCUAUUCCUCCCAGCAAACUAAAUCCACGGUCCUCAAUUGCUAUUCAGGCCAGCCUUAUAAAAGAUAUCAGCCCACUUAAACCUCUUGUUUUUUUACACCAUCGUAUUCCAUCUCCAUGGAAGCCACCUGCACUAUCACCAAGCAACACUCCUCCUGCUCCUCCUUCCACUCCAGAGCUACCAAACAAAGCAGGCAUGGGUCCAUUUCAAAGCCAAGGUAAUCAAAUAUUCAUGAGAAGUAUCUCACCUUAUCCCGUUUCCCAGAGCUGUGGGCCAUCACCAGUUGCACCUUUCACAGGCGCAAAGCUUUUUUUCCCAAUGUCCCCUAAUGGUAUGGCAUUUCCCAAAGGAAACCUACUGUAUGGCAUAACCCAGGUAGCUCCGCCCAACAUGACACAACCUCUUUCAAGUCACCAAAGCAAUUCAUGCCCACCCUCCAUCAAUCCCUCCCCCACCCCCGUCGACUCAAGUCUAACCUAUACCCCUGAACUUGUUGUGCCACACUCACAAGUAGCUAGCUCCUCUACAAGUGUCACAACAGGCGUAUUACCAAUGGUUACUCCAAAAUCCUCUACCCAGUCAGCAAGCGCACCCACGGUUACCGAAUCCUUCACCCCAUGCCAAUUACAGAAACCUAGAAAGCAACCAUGUAUGUUAUUUGGGGCAGGACGAUCCGGAGAGACACCCUUAAGUUCUAUCAACAUGGAAACUGCAGAAAAUGUGUCAAGGCAACUCUGUUUAAGCAAUGGCGACGUUUGAACUAUGAAGAUCUUGCGAAAAUUUUUGACUUUGGUCUUUGGCUUUUGGCCAAUGGUUGUGUUUCAAAGUGUUUUUCUCGCAAGGUGGUAUAUAUUGCCUUUUGCGACAAUAGUUCUACCUGCAGAUCGGAAUAUUUCAUUGCAUUAUUGUUUAACAGUAUGUAGAAUUAUUCUGCAACAAUUUUUUAAAAUAGCCAAUUAAGGAAUUCUGAUAAUUUUUUUAAUCAAAUGUGACGUCUAUUGUUUGAAGCCUUCCCACAUACGAAGCCUAAACUUUU